AUUCGAUUUUAUUACUUUGUAUUAAGUCCUGUCUCUUAAAACGUAGUGAUUAUAUUCUCUUUGUACGAAGACGGUGUUUUAGUUACUACUACCUCAUGACGGAACUCCCAAGUAAACAACGCAUCUAGUGAUCCUAAAAUUUCAUUGUUAAAUGUUUAUCGUUGACGAUUAGCAAAGAGUAUGUAUUUAUUACGCUCAGAACAACUAAAGCCAUAAUCUGAGUCAUUGUGUUAUAACGAUUAGUUAUCUAAAAAGCGAUUGCAAAGUGUAUUCGUUAAUUGAAUUUUUUUAAAUUGAAAUUAGAAAAUACAUAGUAUACAUAACUUUGUGAAACAUGAACGUAUUUACCUUGGAUUUCGUUUGUUUUACAAGCAAGGAUGGCGAGUAUAAAAAAGAUGUUAUGAGACAACAGGUUAAUUUUAAAGAAUUAUUAACAAAUCAGGGUCCGAAUAUGAAGAUUAUUAUGUCCAGGUUACCGACAGAAAACGGUACACAACAACCUAAGUUUCGUGUAAAAUUUGAGAUUCCCUACAUUAAGAACGAUGUUUUUGAAGUAUAUUACAUUUCACCAUAUCCUGUUUGCUUGACUUACAUAUUCAUGAUCACAAAGGGUUCAUACAAUGAAAAUUUAUAUAGAAUUGAUAAAGAAACACAUCAGGUACAAGCAAAUAAGUGGCAAUACAUGGGCACUGUACUGAAACGGCCAUUACUUACGAGUAUGUCGGAUCAAGGGUGGUUCACUUUUGAAUUUAAAUACCAAAUACUUGAGAAAAAUAAUAAUAGUGAUAAUUCUUACACACCUAAAGUUCGAUUGGCUAAUGACAUGGAAAAUUUGUUAAAUAAUGGAUUUUAUUCAGAUGUUACUAUGAAAUCUACCGAAGGCACUGAAUUUAAAGUACAUAAAAAUAUAUUAGCAUCCCGGAGUGCAGUCCUCAGAGCAAAUUUUGAACAUAACACUAUAGAGUGUCAUACCAACACAAUUGAGUCUCCAUUAGAGGAGGAUGUGCUACGAGAAGUACUCCUAUUCAUAUACAGUGACAAAGUAACAAAAAUCAAUGAGAUACCAGAUAAGCUCUUGGCAGCGGCAGAGUAUUACCAACUCGAAGAACUGAAAAUGUUGUGUGAAAGACCAUUACUCACGAGACUCACAGUUCAAAAUGCUAUCGAAAUACUGGAGUUUGCAGAUUUACAUUCUGCUGAUACUUUAAAGCAGGAAACUCUGGAGUUCAUAAAGCAUAAUCCAAUGAAUGAAAUAGUAAAAACCAAAGGAUGGACCAAUAUCAAAUCUGUUCAACUAGUUAAGAGGAUCUGUGAGUAUAUUACAUGUGAUAGUGUCGAGAAAUGAGAUUUUGCAUACAUUCAGGUAUAUUUUCUUCCAAAAUAAUAUAUGAUAAAAGCAUUUAAAAAUGUAGGGUUAUUAUUUUUCAAGUUUGUAAAGUAUGGUUUCUUAACAUUUCAAGGAAUCUUUGUUCAAAGGAUAAUAAUAUAAAUAAGGUUACUUUAUUGUGACUACAUGUAAUACCAUCGUUGAUAUUUGAGAUGAGAAAUAUAUUAGGUUAAAAUUUUUAAUCUUGUAACCGGAUUUUGAGGUCAAAAAUGGUUGCAGUCAGUGAUGUUUUAUUCUGUGUUUAUAAAUUGAACACUCAAGUUUCCUGCAAGUAGUUUUUUGACAAAACUAAAUCGAAAAAUUCUAACCACAUAUAUGUGACCCAAACCGCAUGCAAACUAUUUCCCACCCAUUUCCGAUUUUCCCACUGCAUAGUCUUCCUUCCCCUACUUUUCCAAGCCGGGGGUAGUCUGUAAACUAGCAGGGACCCCCAGUGAACUAGUAAUGGUUCCACCCCAUGACUAAGGACGGUGCUGCUAGGGAGAAUACUUAAAAAAAACAUUUUAUUUUUGUAAAAAAAUGAAGUAUGAAUAGAACCGUUUUGUAUAUAAUAAACUAUUUUUGAUGCAUUCCCCAUUAAUAUACAUAUAUGAUGAGCAUCAUUUUGGGUAUUGGUACGUAAAACAGGUGCUUUAAAAAAUAUUUUUAGUUAAUUACAGAUUUUUCAUGUUAAGGGGGACUCAUUAAUUAGAUUUUUUGCUAUAGGCUCUCUACAGUGUGUAUAUCUGAAUAUUCCAGUAAAUUUGUCCUGACCAUAAGAGCCCGUUCACAUGCCGAGCGUUAGACGCGCGUUAAAUAAAAGGGGCGCUUAGAGAACACGUAUUUUGUAUUUAAGUAAGUAUAUCUAACGAGGUGUUCACAUGCUAGUACGUGCCAAUCGUACGGGAUCUUAGUGUGCGAAUUAUAAUGGCUGAAUCUAGAAAGCGGUCAUUCCAUUGGCAUGAGAUCACCUGGUAUACUUGCAUAAUAUAUACCAAAAAUAUUUUAAUAUUUAGUGUAUUUUUUCUCAUAAUAUAAUCUUGUUUCUAUAGACUAUUAUACCAUAAUAUAUGUAAUGUGCCACAUGUAUGUUAUAAAAUCUGUAAUUAUAAGUCUGAAAUGUAUUUUUUUUAUAUAGUGCUUAAUGUUAAUAUAUAAUUUGUGCGAAAAGCCAGUGCGGCACGACAUGCCAAUCGUCUGUUAUAAUCCAUAAAGGUGCUGAAGAUGUGCUUCAGCACCUUUAUGGAUUUAAGUAUAAAAAUAUUACCAAAGUACGCGAAAUCACGGACUCGUAUUUGUGUGGUCAAUAUGCAAACACCUAUUUUGACAUGCCCAUAGAUGUCACUUUAACACAGGUAGUGUGUGUAGUCGCACUGGCGCGGCGUUUGGAUUCGAUACGCGAGUAGUGAAUCUCGCCCAUGUAUUCAACUUGUUUAUUCACUUUGUGGUAAUUAUUGUGCCUUAUUUGUAAAUCAAAAUCAUUGUGGGCCAUUUUCAGCUUAUUAUGCCUUACAAGAUUAGUCUGUUAAUUAUGCAUGUUGUGACUGCCUUAAGAAGCUGCUACUUUUAUAUUUUAUAAUGAUGUUUUUCUUUUAUUUAGUGAAAGUAGCAUUGUAGCAGCUACUGGCUGUUCUAAAUAAAUAAAUAAAAUAAAAAAAAAAAUUAUGUAGUGCUAGAAUAACCAUUAUGCAGCCAGUGAGAUCUGCAAAUCUUUUCUUAUCUUAUCGCAUAAUAUGUCUGCAACUUUUAAAAUAACAAAACCAUGAUGUACUAAAAUUGAGUACAAGCUUAAAAUGGCCCAAGAUGUUUAUUAAGAUACUGACAUAGAUUUAUAAUUGUAUACAAAGCUGUAUAGCUUCAGACAACCUCUUUGAUAUUUAUAACAAAGAUAUUCCAUGUUUAUAUGCUAGAUAUAUUAUGUUUAAUAAAAAACCUUAAUAAAUA